GAUAUGGUUAGCCAAUGCCCUACAUCCCAUAACCACCCUGAAAUAAAUCAUGAUAAUACUCCCACAAAAGGUGAGUCAUCCACAACCUCUUUGGCACAAGAUAUUAUCGAUGAUGAUUCAGCCGAGACCCUUGAUUUUGUAGAAAUGAAACAUAAAAAACGUGUUAGUGAAGAGAUAAUGGAGAGAAUUAGGGAAAAGAAACUUCGGGAACAAAACUUAUCUUCGGAUAAUAAUUCACCAGAACCAUCCAAUUUAUCAUACAAAGAUCAAAAUUUGAAAUCGUCAACAAUAUCGCAAUCUAUCUCUAGCCACUCUGUGACUACCUCUGGUGAUAGCUCUGAUUUAUUAGAACAACUUCCUAUAAAGCAAAAAAAUAAAACGCCUGAAAUAGAUAUAAAACCUUUAAUACAAGAACUAAAUAUAAAACCUUUAAAGGAGGAUACCAUUAAAAUUGUUAAUGUAGAUGCCUCAGAAAAGCGAUCCUCUAUAUUUAGCCACUGUGUGACUGCCUUCGGCAAAAAUUCUACAGAUAACCAAUCACCUACAAUCAAAUUAAUGAAAUUGCUAGCUGGCAUUCAUAUAGAAAGUUUUUUGAAAAAAGACAGUGAAAUUUUACCUGGAAUCCUGAAAAAUAAACUACAACUUACGAAACAAAAAGCAUAUGAGCUAGCGAGUAGCCAAAUUUAUGAUGAAAUGUUAUGUUAUCUUUCAGGUAUCUCCCGA